AUGGUCUCACACAAGGUCUGUCGUGGUUCCUGGCGAGGCACCGGCGGCUGCUGUUUCGUCUUGUGCAUCAAGACGGCUGUACUGCAGACGACAGCGGAGCAUAGCUGUCGACGAAGUCGCGCUGCUUCGUACCUGCAGCCAGCAACUGAUUCAAGUAAGCGCUGGCGGACGCAGCGGCUUUGCGGACUUGGGCGGGAUGACUGCUGUAGAGGUGGGGGUUUCAGCAGCUGGCGAACACUGGGGCAGCACGCGUACCGGCAAGCGCCUUGUCCAGGGCGUGAAAGACCCCCAGUUAUGCGAGAGACCACUCAGGGCCGGCACCUGAGGAUGACCUCGCGAUCGGAACGCGUUCUCGGCCUGUUGACGAACCUCUUUCCACUGUACGUGAUUCUGGGGUCCAUCACCGCGGCAACCUGCCCCAGCGUUUUCGCUUUCUUCAAACGCGAGUACAUAUCUCCUACGUUGUCGGUCAUCAUGUUGGCAAUGGGUUUGACAUUAUCUGUCGAUGAUUUUGUCGCAGUUUUGCGUGUUCCUGAUGUAGUGCUCUGGGGCGCGCUCGCGCAAUACUCCAUCAUGCCGCUGCUCGGCUGGAUGCUUUCCCGGCACCUGGGGCUACCAACACCGUACGCCGUUGGUAUGCUGCUGGUGUCGUCUUGCCCAGGAGGCACCGCGUCGAACCUGGUCUGUUACCUGGCAGGAGCUAACGUGGCGCUUAGCGUCCUCAUGACGGCAACGACGACGCAAGCGGCCGUAAUCCUCACACCGCUCCUCAUGAAAGUGAUGGCAGGAACCAUGAUGCCUGUUGAUGCCUGUGGUAUGUUCUUGUCUAUGGUCCAGGUCGUGUUCCUACCGUUGGCAGUGGGCAUGCUUUUGAAUGCGAUACCCCGAACGAGAGCUGUCAUCCAGCGGCUAUUGCCUUGGUUUCCACUAGUCUCUGUGGCUGGCGUUGUGCUCAUCAAUGCCUCCAUCAUUUCAGGAAGCGUGGAUGCGAUUCGCACCGGUGGUUUGCGACUUUUCUUCGCACUCUUACUCCUACAUGGCCUUGGACUCGUUCUUGGAUACGUCGUAUCAUUUCUGCGUUUCCGGGAUAAGCAAAUCAAUCGAGCGGUUGCGAUUGAGGUGUGCAUGCAGAACUCGGGUCUGGGGGCAGCGCUCGCCCAGGCACAUUUCGCAGACCCCCAGGUUGCAGUGCCCGCAGCGAUCUCCGCUUCCAUGCACUCCGUCAUCGGGAGUGUGGCGGCAGGUAUCUGGCGCUGGCUUGAUAGUCAGCGUCAACGGUAG